UCAAACCAAAACAUGGCAACGAAUGGUUUGUGCAAGAUCGUUGCAGCUAUUCGUGUCCUCCUAGUCAUGGCCAUCGUCCCCGCCUCAGUCGCUGUGACGCACACGGUCGGAAACGCAAAUGGAUGGGAAAGUGGUGUGGACUACACAGCUUGGGUUACCGGAAAAACUUUCAGAGUUGGUGACGUUCUAGAGUUCAAGUAUGGUCCUUCGCACUCAGUGAACGAGGUGAACAAAGCCGGUUACGAUAGCUGUGGAGGCACACCGAUAGAUACCCACACCGACGGAGACACCAAAAUCGAUCUCGAGACAGUAGGACCAAAGUAUUUCAUCUGCCCUACCGCUGGUCACUGUGUAAGUGGCAUGAAACUAGCCGUAACAGUCGUAGCAGCCGUCUCCUCUCCACCCACCCCAUCCUCGCCGGCGCCUUCACCCCCUGUCGCUCCUCCUCCCACCACAGGCGAGGAAUCACCGCCAUCUGAUGGAGCACACGUAGCUGGUUCGGGGUCAACCACGCCUCCAUCUGAUGGAACACACGUAGCUGGUUCGGGAUCAACCACGCCGCCCCCACCGCAUUCACCUCCACCCCCAUCAGGUGGUGCAUCUAGCGGAGUAAUGAACUACGUAAUGGUCGGGAUGUCGCUGGUGUUGGCUUGUCAUGUGUGGAUAAUGGAUUAAUAUUGGGUUAGAACCAGCGUGGAGGUUGUGCUUUUGCUUUGGCUUGAAAGAGGAUCUUGUAUUCGUGUAACGUCAGCUCUUCUUCUUUUUUUAUCCCUACUUCCUAUGA